AUGUCAGGUCGAAACAUCUUCAACAAAAAUCUGGAGCAUGAAAAAGUCAAACCUUCCAACGCCUAUCGGAAUACAGUCACGGCACGAGCACUCUCUAUUAAAUUUGAUAAACAAUCACGUGAGGAUUAUGUUAAAAAUUUAAAGAAAAGAAAAGAUAUUAAUCGACUCAUCGGAAGAGAACAACAAAAAAGACAUGAAGAAAAAAUUAAACAAGAAAGAAAAUUAGAAAAGAGAUUAAGAGAUGAAGAAAUGUUACGAUCUCUCAAUAUAGAUCCUGAUCAAUUUAAAGGAAAGAAUAAAAAAAAAGAAUAUGAACAAUUAUUAAAGAAACAAAAAAAGGAAGAAAAUGAUGGAUUUGGAACUGGUCAAUCAAAAUUUGUAGUUGAAUUGGAAGAAUUAACUAAUGAAAAUUCUGAUGAUGAUGAAAAUACUAAUGAUGAAAAUGAUGAUGAGAAAGAUAUGAAUGAACUUUCAUAUUCUGCAACAUCUACAAAAGAACUCAAUAAUGAACAAGAAGAAUCGUCUUCCACUGUUACAGUCUCUGUGAAACCAUUCAAUUUCAAUUCAGGCAAUUUUGAUAGCGAUGAUGAUCAUUCUGGAGAUAGUGAUGAUUCUAGUUGUGAGGAUUCUAAUGAUGAACAUCAAACUCAACCAGCCAAAUCUAUCAGACAACAAAUUCUAUCUCUUAAGCCUCAUGAGCUCAACAAGAAAAUUAUUGAAAUGCAACGAGAACGUAAAAAAGACAAGAAACAAAAGAAGAAAACUCCUGCAAAACUGAAAUCAGAUUUGAAAAAGAAAAAGAAGAUUAUGAAAGAAAAGAGAGCAAAGAGAGAACCUUCAAAAAGAAAGAAGAAAUAA